AUCCCCGGCUGCAUGGGACGCCCCUCUCCAAGCGCUCCUCCGAAGGCGGCGGCUGAAGAACUGCGAGCGAGCAGUGUGCCCGUCGGGAGCCGCCACUCCCUGCCUUCUGCUCCCGCAACGGUGUUGUGAUCCCGGAGAAGCCGGCGACAGACGCGCUUUCGCCGAGGGACCAGGGAGCAGUUGGGCGAAACACCUUCCAGGAGCAGUGGCAGCUGGCUGCAAAGCCCGAGUUUCAUCUUUCCCUUUCUCUCUCUCUCGUUCUCUCUUUUUAAAUCGGAGUGGCCCGUUUUGACUUCGCAAAAGAUCCAGAAAGAACACAGUGGAGUAUUUUAUUCGAGUAACCUGAGGGAGGGAAAAAAGAGAACUGAUUUUUACGGGGAGAGAGGGAUGGGAAAGCCUUCUGUCGCAAGGCGGGAUCAGUUUCCGAGCUGAACUUUGAAAGUGCAAAAACUCCUUUGUAAAGGAGGGGGAUACCCUAAGAAGAAGUCUAGAAACUCCACAUACAGAGAAGGGGAGUUGGGAACCCUUUUGCCGGGCAGCAGAAUCGCAUCUGAGCGUUUCAGGGCUACUGUUUUUCUUGACGCCCCUCCCCAUUUUCUUGAUUUUCUGAAACAACCUUGCAUGGUUGCUACCUCCGUCUCUCCCUGUUCCACCUUUGAAAUGCACGCAUCUUUAUUUUCCUCCAGUUUGGAUUUCCCUUGUUUUCUCAGCUUGACUUUGAACUGCAGGUUUGCAGCACUGACUCUUUAAAUCAAGAUUGAUAUUUUUUAUUUUUUAAGCGUUUCUGCUUGGGAGCUGCCUGCCCUCAUCAUGUCUUUCAGCCCCACCAUGGUCCUCCCUGUCAACAGCUCCUCCAACGGGACUGUGGGUCCCGGCGAGAGCAGCAGGACGCUGACCAUUCCCACUGUCAUGUUCAUCUUUGGCGUGGUGGGAAACCUCAUUGCCAUCGUGGUGCUUUGCAAAUCCCGCAAGGAGCAGAAGGAGACCACCUUCUAUACGCUGGUUUGUGGACUUGCCGUCACAGACCUCCUGGGCACCUGCCUGGUGAGUCCGGUCACGAUCGCCACAUACGUGAAGAAUGAGUGGCCCGGGGGCAAGCCACUGUGCGAAUACAGCACCUUCAUCCUCCUCUUCUUCGGGCUGUCUGGACUCAGCAUUAUCUGCGCCAUGUCCAUCGAGAGAUACCUGGCCAUCAACCAUGCCUACUUCUACAACCACUACGUGGAUAAGAAGCUGGCGGCACUAACUCUCUUUGCUAUCUAUGUUUCCAACGUCCUCUUCUGUGCGCUGCCAAGCAUGGGUUUGGGGAGCACGAAGCUGCAGUACCCUCAGACCUGGUGCUUCAUCGACUGGCGGACCAACGUUACAACCCAUGCUGCGUACUCUUACAUGUAUGCUGGUUUCAGCUCCUUCCUAAUCAUGGUCACUGUGGUUUCUAACAUCUUGGUGUGCAUGGCGCUGAUCCGCAUGCACCGUCAAUUCAUGCGGCGCACCUCCUUGGGGACAGACCACACUGCCAGCCGCUUGUCGGAUGUUCGCCGGCGCAGGAGUUUCCGGCGCAUGGCUGGAGCAGAGAUCCAGAUGGUCAUCUUGCUCAUUGCCACCUCCUUGGUUGUGCUGAUCUGCUCCAUUCCACUAGUGGUGCGUGUCUUUGUGAACCAGCUGUACCAGCCGCCUUUAGUGGCAGAUAUUCGGCAAAACCCUGACCUUCAGGCCAUCCGCAUCGCCUCGGUGAACCCCAUCCUCGAUCCGUGGGUCUACAUUCUUCUCCGCAAGACAGUGCUGAGCAAAGCCAUUGAGAAGGUCAAGUGUCUCUUCUGCCGCAUCGGAGGGGCCCACCGGUCGCACUCGAGGAACAACUGUAAUUGCACGGAUGGCCGCAGGGCCUCCUCCACUACCGCCACUCAUUCGCCCUCCUUCAUCUCUCGAGAACUGAGGGAAAUCAGCAGCACCUCUCAGACUCUUCUGUACCCUCUGGAGCCCAGCGAAGGCACCAUUGGAGAACGCAUGCUGCUGCCAGGGGCAGGCAGCAGUCUUGCCCAGUCAGACACUGCAUCCAUAAGGACGCUGAGGAGCUCAAACACCUCAGAGUCUUCACAGGGGCAAGACAGUGAAAAUGCCUUUUUGGUGAGUGAACUGAGGCCCAGUGGUGGGAUGCGUUCUACUCCAAAGGGCAGCUCUCUUCAAGUCACUUUCCCCAGUGAGACACUCAGCUUGUCGGAGAAGUGUAUAUAAGCACAGAAGGAAUCAAGAUGCCGCUGGUCCUUUACGAAAGGACCACCUGCAUCUUAGGAUGAAGUGGUCCAUCCUUGCCCAUCCAGUCUAUUGGCCUAUCAUGGUUAAGGCACAACCAAAGCCCUUCUGGCUUUUCGCUUUUCCAGUCUAGUGGGAUUGAGGAGCCAUUUAGAGCAAAGUGGACGGGAAACGAGCACCUAGUGAAAGACCAUGUGGGACACAAUAUGGCAGCCGUCAGGCUGAAAGUUAAAUAUUCUUCUCUCUGGACACUGCAUGUCUACACACUAGGUGCGCCAUCUUUCCUGCAAAAAAAGAAAGAAAAACAUAGCUGCUGUGUUCUGAAGUGGUUUUUCUCAAGUCACAAGCACAGUCCUCGUGGGGAUCAGCUCGUAGACUCUUCCGCCAUCAGACCCCGACAGUGUCUCAGAUGAAUGGAGUGGCAUCGGAAGUGCAGCAGAAGUGUUGCCCUGCGACAUCGGACAGUUUCCCAUUAGUCCCAAGUCUGGAAAGAGUUGUCAUUUCCCACCAUCGAAAUAUAAUCGAGGUGUGCUUAUCCCAGUUUGUGUCUCUUCCCUUGUUACUUAAUAAGGCUGAGAGAGAACUGAUUGAAAGACAGUUGCUGGGAGUUGAUAGGGAAUGGAAAAACUCUCCUAUUGUGUGAAAAAAAUGUGAAUUUCUCUGGCUGUAUAUAUUGUCACUGAAUGUAUUUAAAAUUGCUAUAUUCUUCUCUGUGAGAAGGUUAAUUAUUAAUACAAGGUAUAGAGAAAUAUUACUAGUCUGCUACUUCCCCAAAUGCCUCCUGAUAGAUAAUUUUACAUUAGAUUUAUUUUUCAAAUGCACCAACUCAAUGGGCCAAAGCAGAGGUAAUUCGCAAGACUGGAUGAAUUUGGAAUUUUGUGGGAACCGUGUAACUGGGGGAAAUAAAGUCUUUAUGUUUUUUGAAA